AUGAAUGGCAAGGGUCUUAACACUUUUAAUAUCUUUAUUUUAUUACAUCUCUUUUUUGUAAACAAAAAUAAUGGCCACCCCAUGAAAAUCAGGACAAUUUUGAUAAGAAAUAUACUUUAUUUAGUUGUCAUUGGAGUAAUAUCAAUAAUAUACGAAAAGGUAAGAAAAACGCUGCUUAUUUCUCUUGUUUCAUCAAUAGAGUAUAUUGUUUAUCGACCUGUCGGAAUUAAACACAACAGAAUUCUAAAAAUAGUCCUUGGAAAGGCAUACAAGUCCAUUCUUGAUCCAAGCUGCUGCUUUGACGUUCUAACAUCACUUAGAAUAUGCUCAAAGAUUGCAUUUGGGGCCUACAGCCAAGUUUUCAAGGUUAUUAGAGAGAUAUUUGAAUUACUCAAUAACCGUACAUACAAUCCAUACAUGAAAAGAUAUGAUACAAUUUAUCUUCAAGUAGACCAAAUAGUCCUAUCGGUUAUUCUCAUGACCAUUCUCUUGAUAAUAUUUGCCAAUUUAAUUCUGUUUUACUGCUUCUUUGUCGUUAUUUAUUUGGUCACUGAGGCAACACUCAUAGGAUGGGAGUUAUUUGAAGAUUUAAUAGAAGAAAAUUCUGUUGAGAUGGCAUUUAAACGGUUAAGAAACAAAUAUUUACUGAAAAAAUCAUAUUUUGGAAAAAGAAUACUCACGGGCGAGUUGCCCUUAAACUAA